CUAUUUUGAUAUUUACCUUACAGUAAAACAAUGGUAAAUAAAACUAAAAUAAAAAAAAAAAUCAAUGUUUAGUGAAAGCUUGUGACGUUACUAGUAGGUUUUAAUGCUUUUCCACGUUUACAGACUUUAAAAAUGGGUGCUCCACCGCCAAGAUGGAUGAACUGUCCAAGAAAAAGUCUACUAAUUGCAGACAAGUUUAUUGCAUGCAAAACAUUUCUUGAUGAUAAAUUUAACCACCAAGUUCCUCUUGAAGCACAAUUUAUGUUUCCUAUGCUUUUGUCAUAUAUGGAGUCAAACAAGAAAGAAUUAGGACUUUUGAUAUCACUUACAAAUACUAAUCGUUUUUACAACAGAUCUGUGGUUGAGGAGGCUGGUGUUAAAUUCUGUAAAAUUGCAUGUCGGGGGCAUGAUGGUGCACCUACUGUGGAACAAACCAAUAUGUUUGUUAAUAUCUGUCAAAAGUUUUUUGAAAAAAAUCCUGGAAAAAUAAUUGGUGUUCAUUGUACACAUGGAUUUAACCGAACUGGCUUUCUAAUUGUUUCAUAUUUGUAUGAAGCAGAAGGUUGGAGCUUAGAUGCUGCAUUAGAUUUAUUUUCGAAGUGUCGCCCCCCUGGUAUCUACAAAGAAGAUUAUAUUCAAGAAUUAUACAAACGGUUUGGUACUGAAGAGCAAAACCCUCCUCCUCCUCCUGCAUUGCCUGAUUGGUGCUUUGAUGAAGAUGAAGAGGCUAGUGGUGAUGAAGAUCAUGAUAAUUCAUCAUUAGAGAGAGCUGCUAAAAGGAAAAGAAGACCCUACAAUGAUAAUGCCAAGUUUUGCAAUAAUUUAAAUAUUGAAACUGUUAUGGCUCGUGGUGCAGAAAGAAUUCAAGAAUUAUGUGAAGGGAUGCUUGACUGGGACAAGGGAAAUUUUCCUGGUUCGCAACCAGUAUCGAUGGACAGAAAAAACUUAGAAUUUCUGGGACAAAAACCAUACAGAGUCAGUUGGAAAGCUGAUGGGACAAGAUAUAUAAUGCUGAUAUUAAAAGAGAAUGAAGUGUACUUCUUGGAUCGUGAUAAUAGCGUGUUUGUUACUGAUAAAAUUAAGUUUCCACGCAGGAAGAACCCCGAGGAACAUAUUUUUGACACAGUUGUUGAUGGAGAACUUGUCAUAGAUAAAGAAGGUUCUCAAACUCAUCCACGUUUCUUGAUUUAUGAUAUCAUAAAGUUUGAAGGGCAGGAUGUUGGACAUACUGAUUUGGAUAGAAGGCAUUUGUGUAUAGACAAAGAAAUAAUUAAGCCUAGAAAUGAUGCUGCACAAGCUGGUAGAUUAGAUAAAAGUAAAGAGCCAUUUGCAAUUCGUAAAAAAGAUUUUUAUCCAUGUGAAAAAGCAAUAUGGGUUCUUGAAAAACUAGUUCCCAAAAUUCCACAUGAAACAGAUGGUUUGAUUUUUCAACCACUUCAGGAUCCUUAUACACCCGGUCAGUGUCCAUUUGUUUUAAAAUGGAAACCACACGAACUGAACUCUGUUGAUUUUUUGCUCAAUAUUGCAACAAUUAAACAAGUCGGGUAAC